GCAGACUCUCCCUCACUUCUGGAGAUACCACUUGAUGGCACAGCCAGAAACAGCAGCAGCCUCUUUCUACGGAUCUACUGCAAAUGGCCUACUCGGGCCCUCGGAAGAAAAAACCCAGGCAGAUGGGUGCCUCCAUGGCCUCCUCUCCUCAUGAUGUCAAGUUCCAAGACUUGGUCCUCUUCAUUUUAGAGAAGAAAAUGGGAACCACCCGCAGAGCCUUCCUCAUGGAGUUGGCCCGAAGGAAAGGAUUCAGGGUUGAGAACGAGCUCAGUGAUUCUGUCACCCACAUUGUGGCAGAAAACAACUCUGGUUCAGAAGUCCUGGAGUGGCUUAAGGUACAGAAUAUAAAAACCAGCUCACAGCUAGAACUCCUCGACAUCUCCUGGCUGAUAGAAUGUAUGGGAGCAGGAAAACCAGUGGAGAUGACAGGAAAACACCAGCUUGUCGUGAGAAGAGACUAUUCGGCCAGCUCCAACACAGAGCCCCAGAAGACUCCAACACUUGUCAAAAAGAUCUCUCAGUACGCGUGUCAGAGAAGAACCACGUUAAACAACUGUAACCACGUAUUCACGGAUGCCUUUGAGGUACUGGCUGAAAAUUGUGAGUUUAGAGAAAAUGAAGUCUUCUAUUUGGUAUUUAUGAGAGCAGCUUCUGUACUUAAAUCUCUGCCAUUCACAAUCACCAGUAUGAAGGACACAGAAGGAAUUCCUUGCCUGGGGGACAAAGCAAAGUAUAUCAUAGAGGAAAUUAUUGAAGAUGGAGAAAGUUCUGAAGUUAAAGCUGUGUUAAAUGAUGAACGAUAUCAGUCCUUCAAACUAUUUACUUCUGUAUUUGGAGUGGGAUUGAAGACAUCUGAGAAAUGGUUCAGGAUGGGUUUCAGAAGCCUGAGUAAAAUAAGGUCGGACAAAACCCUGAAAUUCACACAAAUGCAGAAAGCAGGAUUCCUCUAUUAUGAUGACCUUGUCAGCUGUGUGACCAGGGCAGAAGCAGAAGCGGUCAGCGUGCUGGUUAAAGAAGCUGUCUCGGCAUUUCUGCCUGACGCCUCCGUCACUGUGACAGGAGGAUUCCGGAGGGGUAAGAAGAUUGGGCAUGAUGUAGAUUUUUUAAUUAGCAGCCCAGGAUCAACAGAGGAAGAUGAACAACAACUUUUACCUAAAGUGAUGAACUUAUGGGAAAGGAAGGGAUUGAUUUUAUACUAUGAUCUUGUGGAGUCGACAUUUGAAAAGUUAAAAUUGCCUAGCAGGAAGGUGGAUGCUUUAGAUCAUUUCCAGAAAUGCUUUCUGAUUUUAAAAUUGUACCAUCAGAGGGUAGAAAGUGACAAUUCCAGCCAGCAGGAAGGAAAGACCUGGAAGGCCAUCCGCGUGGACCUGGUCGUGUGCCCCUAUGAGUGCCAUGCCUUCGCUCUGCUGGGCUGGACCGGCUCCCGGCAGUUUGAGAGAGACCUCCGACGCUAUGCCACACACGAGCGGAAGAUGAUACUGGAUAACCACGCUUUAUAUGACAAGACCAAGAGGGUAUUUCUCAAAGCAGAAAGUGAAGAAGAAAUUUUUGCGCAUCUGGGAUUGGAUUACAUUGACCCAUGGGAAAGAAAUGCCUAGAAAAACUUAUCGACGUUUUUUGCUGUUUUUGUUUGUUUGUUUGUUUGUUUCUGGGUUAAAUAAAUUAUGCUUCAUGUUAUAGUGGAAGAGGCCUUAGGGGAUUCUUUAAGUCUUACUGAAAUGCAGAUUGCUCCGAGAAAUAAUAGUUUGGGAAACAUGAUAAGGCACCACCUAGUAAUAUUGUGCUCAAAUACGCCAUUUCUACAACUGUCGCUUAGAAUUCAUAAUGCAUCUUGCCAUAGAAAUCAUGUCGUAAUUGGUGGCUCUUUUCCAGAGACACUCAUCAAAGCCCAUUUUGCCCACAGUGUAGCUGAAAUGCUGUAUAUUUCCAUUAAAAAAUAGAAGGACACAAGAUGGUGCAGUCUUCUUUUUGUUACUCAACUAUAAUAAAAUGCUCUUAAACAAAAAUGUAACA